AUGUCGGAGAAAGGAGUUCCGCCAUCUGACUGCCAUUCCGUGUCCAAACAAAUGGAGGAAGUGGCGAAACCAUCGUAUCGUUUCCAUAAAUGCCUUGUUAAGUUACCUCCCUGUAUACUCGUGGACUUGCUAAUUGAAGAAAUAGUAGGUAUCCAUAGGGUUCACACAGUAUUAGGUUGGGAACGCAUAGAGAGAUGGCUACAUCGAGAGAACAUAGUGACUGUUGAAAUAAGACGUGUUAGAAAUGAACUAGUUAUAUGCUCUAGUGAUGAGUGUUCUUAUGCUAUUGAUUUUAUAAAUAUAUGGAAUAUUGCUGAGGAAAUGAAGGCUGAGGCCAGUAAAGGUUGGCUUACGACGCUUAAGAAUGAUGAAACUAUAACAAUCACCAAACCAGAUAAGGGUCGUGGAGUUGUCAUUUUAAACAAACAUGACUAUCAUCAAAAAUUACUUAGUAUUCUGGAUGACCAUACCAAAUUCAAGAAAAUCACUACUAAAAUAUCCACCCACUUGUUAUACCUCGAAGAUAAACUUAAAAGACUUCUCCGGGCCAUUAAACCAUCCAUCGGUGAAAGCACCUAUAAUUUCCUGUCAACUUCUGGCUCCCAACCCGGAAGGCUAUAUGGUCUCCCCAAAGUUCACAAACCAAAUAUCCCUCUAAGACCCAUUAUUUCAUCGAUUGGUACUUUUAACUACAACACUGCAAAGUUCCUGGUUCCUAUCAUUUCCCCGUUAACUACCAAUCAAUAUACCAUUGAAAAUUCCACAGCCUUUGCAAAUGAAAUAACCUCUCUUGACCUUGAACAACCCAGCACUAUGGCGAGUUUUGAUGUGGAAUCGUUGUUCACGAAUGUGCCACUUCUAGAAACCACAGAGAUUAUAGUUGACAACAUACAAACCACCCAUCUCAACAAAUUUGGUUUAACAAAAGAUAGCUUCAAGAAACUACUCAAUAUUGCAGCUCAUCACUCUGUUUUCUCGUAUAAUGAUGAUCUUUAUAUGCAAACAGACGGAGUAGCAAUGGGUUCCCCACUUGGCCCCUCAUAUGCCAAUGCCUUCCUUUGUCAUCAUGAAAUUAACUGGCUUAAACAGUGCCCACCAGAAUUCAGACCUGUCUACUACCGACGAUAUAUUGAUGACACUUUCGUUCUAUUCAAACACCCUUCACAUGUUAAUUUGUUUUUGAAUUACCUUAACUCUAAACACCAAUUAAAUUUACCUGUGAAACACAGCUCAAUAAUCAACUUCCCUUUCUAG